GCUACCCAGUGUGGGCCUGGCCAUUAAGAACCGCAUGCAGACCUGCUGGCUCCCUCUCCCGGCUCCUUCCAUCUGUUCACGGACCUGCUGUUGCUGGCGGACGCCUGCGUGCCCAUGCCCUUCUUCGCGGUGGAGGGGCCCAGGCUGGAGCGGCCGGCCUCCAUACCCAACGGCGGCGUUGGCGUCCUGGGGUCUGGAGUACACACUUAUGGCUGACAACGAUGAGCCCAGCGUCAAUGACACGAGCACGGAUCGCCCCCGAGCCCCACGACCUCGCCGCCAGUCAAGGCGCUGACAGGCAUGGCCGGGGGCAUCGCGUCACACCAGGAAGUCAUUCUGCCUACGACGAUUGGAGGCGGGCUCUUGCUGGCAACCCUGGCCGUGCUGGGCGUACGUGGUCCUGGUGCGCCGGCGGCGGCAGCGAGGCGUCGGCGCGGGCGGCGCCAAGCCUGCCCCCGCCGCGUGCGUCACAGGUGCUGUGGUCUGAAGAUAAGGAGGAGGACGGGAAGGAAGGGAAGGGGAAGGGGCGCGCCGGGGCGUAGAAGCUCAGGCACAGGGAUUAAGCCAGGUCCACACCUGGGCAGUUGAUUGGGCCUGGACAGUUCACGGAACGAGGCAGCAACUUGGCAGAAGAGCAUGCAGGGCGCAUAGCACCAUUAUCGAUCGUACGUACUUGUCAUUAUACGUCAUAUGAUGCGGGGGGCUUGGGGCGCGUGCCGCAAUGUUGCUAAGCAGACUUCCACAUUUGGGCAUGCUAGGUUUGAUGUGGGUGCUGCCCGUGCAUGCGUACUGUAAGGAGGCAGGCGCCUCCUGUCGGCAGUACUGAGGCACAAGUUACACAAGUGUGCUUAUGUGGAGUGGAGUGUGCUUAUUAUCGCAUUUGUGAUUGUGUUAUUUGGCCGGCUGCACACAGGCCAGUGCAAACCGCAGUUGUUGCAGUGCAUCGCAUGAGCGCAGCCUUGGGCGCCGGUGGCAGACGUUAUGCCCACCGCUUUACACCCCUUGUUGAAGUGAGGAGAUGCUGAAUAUUGCUAGUGCGGUACUAUGGAUGGAUAUGAUCGGCCCAAACGAGUCACGGACGCUUGACACGCAUCGGGUGACGGGUGGGCGCCAAGGCUCAACCAUGGAUGGCAAGGGCUGGCGAGUUCUUGGGAUGCUACCGUAUGUGCAUGGUAUUUUACAGAGGGUCUACUGGAACACCGCUCACAAAUGCAUCAAGGAGGCUGGAAUACUGACCGUGAGAGAUUGUUCCCAUAGCGGUUGCUCACUAGGCAGCGGAGAGAAUGUGCGUAUGUAAUGGGAGUGGGGCCGGGGCUUGGGUUUUGGUUGGCAGUGGGUGCCGGCGGUGAGCGCGCCUCUGGCUACGAGGCAGUGCCCGAAGCACCGUACGUGUGAGGGACGUGCAAGUCGCACUGGCUGACCAGAUGUCCCCAUCUGUUUGUGACUGCGCUAGAAGGCCACAGAGCAAGGCACGCGCAGGGCCGGCAGCUCCCCCGGAUGCAUGUUCCAUUGCUUUCCAUGCUUAUAGCCUCGUAUAGACGUUCGUGCCCUGGAUGCCCGCUGGAACCACCGUCGUGGUAUUCAGCCAAGAGACUGCGCCGUAACGUGUCAACGGCGGGGACCAUCACCUGUCCCCCCUGGUAGUACAGGUCGCCGACUUUUUUCAGCUUUGCUACCCAGUUCCGAUUCCGGAACUUCGGAUCGGAUGCAUACCCAUCUGCAAGUUGCUUGCGGAUGUCUGCGGGGAUGGUUGUGCCCGCAGGUGGAGGUGCAUCGCGGGUCCGUUGCCCGCGCGUGAUUGCUUGCACGUGUGGAUCUAGGACGAGAUCGGGGUGCUGCGCCCGAAACUGCAGUACCAACAUUGCUAGUUGGGCGCGUGGCACUUCUGGAACCACAUCUUCAUAGAUGCGGCUUAGAGGGUCCGCAACAUUGAUGCGGCCUGGUUGGUAGGACCACUUAACGUUUUUGUCCUGCAGGAAUUCUAUCCACCGAGCCUGACGGCGUGAGAGCAGUCCGUUGGCCUUCAUAGAGUCCAGGUAAGUCAAGGGUUGGUGAUCGGUGACCACGGUUACAUCUGGCGCGCCCUCGAGAUAGCAGCGCCAUUCUUGUAAAGCGUGAAUCACCCCCAGGGCUUCCUGGUCGGUGGUGGUGUAGUUCUUCUCAGCUGGUGUAAACCGGUGGCUGAGGAACGCAAUGGCAUUGCCGUUUUGCAGCAGAACUGCACCUGUUACGUAGAUUGAUGCGUCCGUUUUCACCUCGAAGGGUUCGGAGGUGUUGGGUAGUGCAAGCACAGGCGCGGUGAUCAGCGCACGUUUCACACCCUCGAAUGCCCGCUGGCAGGCGUCACACCAAAGCCAGGGUGACUUCUCGCUAGUCAGGGCUGUGAGCGGUGCUACAAGGGAGGAAUACCCCUGUAUGAAUUUCCGGAAGUAAUUGGCUAGGCCCAAGAACGACCGAACUUGCUUGCGGUUUUGCGGCACGGCCCAUUCGGCGACCGAGCGUACUUUGUCGGGGUCGACUUUGAGGCCGUCGCGGCCCACAAUGUGGCCUAAGAAUUUGAGUUCAGGUUUGUUGAACUCGCAUUUCGCAAGCUUGGCACGCAAGUUAUGCGUUUGUAGCACUUGGAAGACGUCUUCCAAGUGUCGCAAGUGUUCCUCUGCUGUUUUUGAGAAAAUCAUAACGUCAUCGAGGUACACAAGAACAGAUUUGCCCAAUUGUUUAGCAAAGUAACCAUUCAUCGUAGCCUGGAAAGUUGCGGGUGCGUUCGUCAAGCCGAAACACAGCACCUUAAAAGCGAAUUGUCCCUCUGGUGUUAUGAAUGCAGUUUUGGGGAUGUCUGCUUUGGAAAUACGCAACUGGUGGUAACCGGACUCCAAAUCGAUGGAAGAGAACACAGUGGCGCCGGCCAACUGGUCGAAGAUUUCUUGAAUGUUAGGCAUAGGAUAACGCCGCUUCUGCGUUAUUUUGUUUAGCGCUCGGUAGUCGAGCACCAUGCGUAACUUGUGUCCGGUUGGGGACUCCGGGUCUUUCUUCUUCACGAAGAUUACCGGCGCUCCAAAUGGGGAGCUAGAUGGCUCGAUGAAUAUCUUAGCAAGCAGGUCAGCGAUCUGCCGCUUGCAUUCCGCUUUCUCGUCCGGGGACAGGCGGUAAGAGCGUUUUGCCGGGGGCACGGCGUCCGGUAUGAGCGGGAUGGUGUGCUCAACGGGGUCCGUGCUAUCCCGUAUGCCAUCCACUUUCUGGAAAAUGGGGCUGUAUUUGUCGAGCAAUGCUGAAAGCUGUGGCGUAGGAAUGAGCCCGGAUGUGGGCGUUGGGGAGGGCAAGUCAGGGGUUACUGCUGCCACGGAGGGGCCGCUGGGGGCGCCCUCUUCGCCUUCGGGUCGCACGAGCAUUAGGAAUGCCUCGGCGCCGCGUUUCAUUGCUUUCCAUGCUUGGAUGAUCUAGGUAGGUGACCACCCUAUCCACCCGAC